AUGAAUGAGGAGAUUAUGGCUCUAAGGCAAAAUGAAACAUGGGACUUAGUACCCAAACCGGAUGGAGUUAAACCCAUAUCUUGUAAAUGGGUUUAUAAAAUAAAAAGGCGACCUGACGGAUCAAUUGAAAGAUAUAAAGCUCGGCUUGUUGCACGUGGAUUCUCACAACAGUACGGACUAGACUACGACGAGACAUUUAGCCCAGUGGCAAAAAUCACAACAGUUCGAGUACUGAUUGCACUAGCAGCAAGCAAGUCCUGGAAAUUAUGGCAGAUGGACGUGAAGAAUGCAUUUCUACAUGGUGAGCUCGACAGAGAAAUAUACAUGGUCCAACCUGCAGGGUUCGAGGAUAAGGAGAAUCCAGGCUACGUGUGCAAACUAAAGAAGGCUCUAUACGGGUUAAAGCAAGCACCACGAGCAUGGUACGGUAAGAUCGCUGAAUUCUUAAUUCAGUGUGGAUACUCUGUUGCACCAGCAGACUCGAAUCUCUUCGUGAAGAAACGAGAAAGAAAACUAGCAAUAGUGCUAGUAUAUGUAGAUGAUAUCAUCAUCACUGGAGACGAUGAAGAAGAAAUUCAACAAACCAGGAGGAAUUUAUUAGUGAGAUUCCAAAUGAAAGAGCUUGGAGAACUUAAGCACUUUUUGGGACUCGAACUAAAAGAAAAAGGCGACGGUCUUUUAUUGUGUCAGUCAAAAUAUGCUAAAGAUCUAUUGAAGAAAUUUGGCAUGAUUGACUGCAAGCCGUUAUCGACUCCAAUUGAAGCAAACGCCAAGAUAUGUGCUCAAUAUGGAAAAGACUUGGAGGAUCCAACUAUGUAUAGGCAGCUGGUCGGAAGUCUAAUUUAUCUAACCUUAACACGACCAGACAUUUCAUAUGCAGUAGGAAUCGCAAGUCGAUUCAUGGAGAAACCAAAGAAGCCACACCUUGAGUUAGUCCGGCGCAUACUAAGGUCCACUACUGGAUAUGUGUUCAAGUUUGGAUCGGCCGCAAUAUCAUGGUGUAGCAAAAGGCAACCAACAGUGUCCCUAUCAACAGCAGAGGCCGAGUACCGAGCAGCUGCAAUGGCGGCUCAGGAAAGCACAUGGCUUAUGCAAUUAUUAAAAGAUCUACAUCAGCCAUUUAACUAUGCGAACCGAGAGCUGGGAGAAGCUCCUCCACUGGUCGAAGUCCCUCCACUGUGCUGGCUCGAUUUGUCCGAAACAUCGUCUGAUUUUAUAAACUGUGACAUUUGGGCAGCCGCAAGGUGUGCGUAA